AUGUCUACCUCCAAAGACGGCAAAGACGGCACGGACUGGUCGGCCGACCAGUACCUCAAGUUCCAUGACGAGCGCACGCGCGCUGUCCACGACCUGGUCCACCGCGGCGACACACCCCUCCGGAUCAUUGACCUUGGCUGCGGCCCGGGCAACUCGACGGCUGUCCUGGCCGACCGCUUCCCCGGCGCGCAGCUGUCGGGCGUCGACUCGUCACCCAACAUGAUUGCCAAGGCGCGCGCGACCCUGCCCGGCGUGGCCUUUGGCCUGGCCGACCUGCGCACGUAUGCGCCGGCGCCCGGCGCGGCCGACUUGCUGCUGGCCAACGCCGUGUUCCAGUGGCUCAGCCUCGCCGAGCGCCUGCCGACGGUGCUGCGCCUGUUUGCGGCGCUGCCGCCGGGCGGCGUGUUUGCGUACCAGGUGCCCGACAACAAGUCGGAGCCCACACACCAGGCGAUGCGCGAGGUGGCCCGCGGCGAGGCGCCGGGCACGUCGCCGUCGGACCCGUGGGUGGCGACGCUGCGCGAACUGCACGACCGCGACCCGAUCGAGACGCCCGAGCAGAUUUACGAUGCGCUGAUCCCGCACAGCCAGAGCGUGGACGUGUGGCACGCGGUGUACAACCACGUGCUGGUGGGCGGCCCCAAGGACAUUGUCGAGUGGGUGCGGGGGACGGGUCUGCAGCCGUGGGUGAAUGCGCUGCCGGACGAGGUGACCAAGCAGGCAUUUGUGGCAGCAUACGAGCGGCGGCUCGGCGAGCUUUACGAGCGGCGGGUCGACAACAGUGUCAUCAUUCGCUACCCGCGGCUGUUUGUCGUGGCAGUCAAGAAGUAA